CUAAUUGUCUUUUCAUAAAUGCACGCCUUGGAUUGACCUAACGAAGAAAUUCGCUUUAUCUAAUACGUUAAUUUACGAUUUACAUCUUCUGUUUUUAUCUGGGAAGAAUUCGCGUCUUUGUAUGCAAAGGUUGUUAUCAUACUCACUGACAGAUUCUCGUGCGAAGUAACCAUGUUUACGUUUACAGUAUAUGAAGUGGUAUUAUAUCUUUGGAGGACUGUGGCUAGUCCAGUUCAUAAUCGCCUGCCAGCAUAUGAUCAUUGCAGGCGCGGUGGCCACGUGGUUCUUUACCAGAGACAAGAGCAAGCUCGGCUGCCCAAUCGCUGCCUCCACCUGUCGAUUGAUCCGCUACCACCUGGGAUCAGUGGCGUUCGGCUCUCUCAUCAUCGCCCUUGUCCAGCUGUGUCGCCUCAUCCUCCUCUACAUUGAAAAGAUGCUUCGCUACAAGAAGAACAAGAUGGUCACAUACAUCCUCAAAUGUCUCUCCUGCUGCCUGUGGUGCUUUGAAAAAUUUCUCAAGUUUCUAAAUAGAAACGCUUACAUCGAAAUAGCCAUCCACGGCUACGGACUGUGCAAGGCUGCUCAGAAGGCGUUCAUGCUGAUCGUCGGUAACGCGCUAAGGAUCGCCGCCAUCAACAGCGUCGGCGACUUCACGCUCUUCCUCGGCAAGAUCGGAGUGACCGCUUGCACAGCCGUCAUCGGGCUGCUUCUAGUGGAGCUUAUAUAUGUAUAA